CCGCAAUGAAAAUGGACCUUCAAGUGAGUCUUGCUUGGCUGCUCCUGUUAAGUUCUUCUCUUCUCUCUGAACCAGCAAGUGGUAUGUGGUGGAACUCACAGGGAGGCUCAACUGGAGGUCAAAACUUAAUAUGGAAUAAACUUUCAAAAUGGAUAAAAGACCUAUUGAGACGCAAAGUUUCAGGAGAGCCACAAAUACGACUGGUCUCUGGAGGAGACCAAUGCGCCGGGAGGGUUGAAGUUUAUUAUGAAGGGAAAUGGGGGACAGUCUGUGACGAUCACUUCAGUAAGAACAGUGGCGAUGUUGUAUGCAGGCAACUUGGCUGUGGCCAUGUUGUUUCUGUCUUUGGAUGGUCUUACUUUGGCCGUGGCACAGAAGACAUCCAUCUGGAUGAUGUCCAGUGUGAAGGAACCGAAUCUUACCUUUGGGACUGUCCUCAUGCUGGCUGGAACACACAUGACUGUGGACACAAUGAGGAUGUUGGAGUCAUCUGUUCAGCUGCUGCACGCUCCACACUUGCACCGACAGCAUCCUCAGAGAACCCUCAAACUUCCACUUCUGCAUCAAUGUUUUCCACAGACAGCACUGUUGUGACAACUACCACAGGAACCCCAACUUCUACUGACAAAGGCAAGGAAAAAAAAGAAACUACAAAUGUCAUGUGUGGAAAUUUUGAGCGAUAUAUGCGAUUUGUUUAGAGCAGACAAGAGAAACACUGGGAAUUCAGUGAAAAUAUUUAAUAACUCUCCAUGUAGUUAGCCUUGGAAGAGCCAAUCAUCUUCAUUUUCACAGGAAAAUGUGGUUGGAAAAUGGGCAUGUGAUCAAGUCUAUCUGCAUAUACAGUUAUCCAGAGUGCAUGUAUGUAUGGUGAGAUCUUUACCAUCAUUUCAUCUGAGGCACUCUUACCUGGAUAUUUUAUUGACCUUCAAUUC